CCGCUGGCCGCGAGCUUCACCGGGUCCGGCUGCGCUGGGCGGGGCGGCCCGGAGGGAGCGCGUCCCAGGUCACGCUGGUGCCCGCGAGCGGAGCGCGGCGGGGAGCGCGCCAUGGACCCCAAGGCGGGCGGCGGCGAGGACGAUGACUGUGUGGACUCGGGAGCCGAGACCGGAGGGUCUGACUACAGCCACCUAUCCUCCACCAGCAGUGAGCUCUCCGUGGAGGAGGCACAGGACCCUUUCCUGGUUAGCAUCCACAUAAUCGCAGACCCAGGGGAAUCCCAGCCCCUGCAGGAGGCCAUCGACCGGGUCUUGGCUUGGAUCCACCCAGACCUGCAGCUGUUCCGGGUCUCGGAAAGGAGGGCUUCCCGGCGGCGGAGGAGGGCCCCGAAGGCGAAGGCGAAGGCGGCGCAGCCCGCCCUCGCGGUGGUUCUCUUUCUGCAGGAGGGCUCCGGCGACGAGCCCGUCCUGCAGCUGCACCGCGCGCUGCAGCGGCCGCCCUGGCGCCACCACCACACGGAGCGCGUGCCGGGCAGGCUCCUGCCCUACCUGCCCUGCAGCCAGGACUUCUUCACGCUGGCGCCCGGGACUCCGCUGUGGGCCAUCCGGCCCGUGCACUACGGCAGGGAAAUCGUGCGCUUCACCAUCUACUGCCGCCACGACAACUACGCCGACAUCCUCCAGUUCUACGAGCUGAUCCUCAGGCGGAGCCCCAGCCAGAGGAAGGUGGACUUCUGCAUCUUCCCCGUUUUCUCCAGCCUGGAUGUGGACAUCCAGUUCUCCCUCAAGAGGCUGCCCUGUGACCAGAACCCCGUCCCCACCGACAACUCGGUGCUGGAGUUCCGCGUCAAGGACAUCGGCGAGCUCGUGCCCCUCCUGCCCAACCCCUGCAGCCCCAUCAGCGAGGGGCGUUGGCAGACCGAGGACCACGACGGGAACAAGGUCCUUCUGCAGGCACAAAGGGUACACAGGAAGUUUCCUAAACCCAACAGAGCUCACCACUCCUCGGAGCAGAAACCGCCCUCCACGCCUUCCCCAAGCUGCACCGCACCGAGCUGCACUCCUGGCAGCGGCCAGCAACCCCGCCUGGACAGUCCACGCCUGGGGCCCAGCCAGGCGAUCCUGCUAGCUGGGCACCAGCAGGGAUUUGCCACACGCGCCAGCAGCACUACCAGCCGUCCCUGGUCUUUCCAAAGAAGCAAGUCCUUGUUUUGUUUGCCCACAGAAGACCCCGACCCAGCCUCCUCGGCUGUACCACAGUGUUUUUCAAACACAGGCGCCCCGGGGCGCCGGCCAUCGGAGUGGAGACACGGCCACCUCCUCUCCAUUGAUGACUUAGAGGGGUCCCAGGAGACAGAUGUGGACACAGGCCUGCGGCUGUCCUCCUCGGACCUGUCCGUGGUCUCUGCGUAUUCUGCGCCCAGUAGAUUCUUUAGCGCCUCGGAAGCACCCUUCCCCUCCGAAAGGUGUGGCAGCCACUGCUCCAAGCACAGAGGUUCCAGAGAAGGACCGCUACCCACUGGGAGUGGGGCGGCCAUGGAGACCCCCUGGGCUUCCCUCCCGCUCUUCACUGAAGGGCCUUCCGGCUCCUUGGCAACAGCGGUUGCUGCUCCCCCAGCUUCUGGUGCCACCACCCUCACCAAGUCACCCUCCACGCUCCCUGGUGAUGCUCCCUACACCGAGCCAACGGGCAGACACAUCACACCAUCCCCAGCAUUGGCUGGACCCGGGGACAGUGACACGGAGGAAUUUUAUAUCUGAACACCCUCUACUCUGUUUUUUUCAGACACACAAGCUCAGCUUCCCCAGGUCUGUCUGGAACCUAGUUAUCUGUCCCAGCCCCCACUCGCCAUGCCACCCAUUCUAGGGACUAGGUGGGAAAAUACUGGCAUUUUUAUGCCCAUAACUUAAGUCGUAAAAUAUAU